AACGGAAAUUUCCGGCCCUCCGGUCGAAGAGAGCACAUAUGCCUGGCUUUGAUUCCAAGGCAUAGUAUUCACGGCAUGGCAUUGAGCACUGUCUCCAUUAUCUAUGGGCUAUGAGUCAUCAAAACACAUCCCCGGCCAUGAGCUGAUCGAUCUCAACCCUCGCGGUGUCUGGCCUCGUCGCCAGGUGAUCUCCACCUUGCAAGGUCAUUCUCAUCAUGGAAUCAUCCUGUAGAAUGUUUUCCUGGCUAAACUCACCAAAGGUCCAAAGAAUUUACACCUCCAGUUCAAAUCCGACCAUGACUCAAAAGAUAGGGCUGAGAAUUUACGAUGAGGGCCUGUUGUAUACAGACGACGCUGUGACUCGCUCAAUCAGUAAGCUCAUCGAAAAUCAUGUGGAGAAAGCGGGACCAAAAGUUCUUAUUACUUUUGUGCCAAGCUUUACAAAUGAUCGACUCAUCGGCAAAGCCUUCCACUUGACGGUAGACAACAUCUUUCAGACGGACGCUGCGGGUAAUACAUAUGGUACCAUGAAACUCCACGCGAUACCCAUGACAUAGCCAUUAUUUCGGCUGCAUCGUUGCGUCAAUAUAGAGUUUCUGAUGUUAGACGAUCCUGAGGGCGGAGCAGACUCCGCAUACACGUGUGACGUUGAGCUUCCGCGAUUAACUUUGCAGCCUAUUUCCAGUGUCUCAAACACGAGAUUUAGUGGCCCAGAGUUACCUUAGUUUAGAAGAAGAUUUCUGGAAAGUAGAGAGAAAAAAACUGAUAGACUUUCCCAAUUUUUGACAAAG